CGUGCUUCCACUUGACUCAGGGCCCUCCCAAAAAGCUGUACCCUUCUCCGGCACCCGUGUGCAAGAGCCACUACCUUCGUUCCUCUUUGCACAUGUUCUCCGGUUCGAGCCAUCGUGGACAUUUAGCAAGACACACUCACACACACACACUUCGAUAACGCAAUCUCGGUCUCCCCUGGAUCUCGACAAGGACAUAUCGAGCCGCUAGCCAUGGAGCGGAUCCGUACUGCCGUGGUUGCCGUCUUGCUCUGGCUCGUGCCUUGCCAGGGGCUCAGCAUCCACAACUGUGGGGGGCAGAGCGACGGCAAGCCGGUGGCUCAUCCGGUGGCUAAGCCUGAAAACAUGCGCAAGGCCAACGCAGGGUCAGCACUCUCAGCGAUGAUGGGCCCCUACCCCGGCUCUUCGAGCGGUGUGUCUGGUGUUGUGUCCGUGACCAUGUCCGGUGGCCUUCUGAAAGUGGCCUACACUCUGACGGGUCUGGACGCGAGUCUGACGUCAGGUGGCUUGCACAUCCACUCUGGAUCUGGAACCGAUGUCUGCUCCGACUCGUCCCUCCCAGGGGGGCACUACUUCGCCACUGGGUUUGUCGACCCGUGGUCCACAACAUGGUCGAAGACCGCUGGCUCUACCACAGCCACUGGUUCUUUCUCGGUGGGCGCAAGUGGAUACGACACCCUGGCCGAGAACGAGUUCCAUGCGGUGGUCGCGCACGGUGCCGGGGGGGCCCGAGUGGGCUGCGGAUUCCUCCAAUAUUACGGAGGCCUCACGUCAGCUAUCGGCGAGUACCCGGGCACUUCGAGCGGCGUCAGUGGGCUUUUCAAAGUCUCGGUGUACACGGGUUUGCUCGAAGUGUCUUACACGCUGGAGGGCCUCGCGGCGAGCAGCACGUCUGGCGGGCUGCACAUCCACUCCGGGUCGGGCACGAACGUGUGCUCCGACGCCUCCCUCCCGGGCGGCCACUACUACGCCGCGGGCGUCACCGACCCGUGGUUCACCACAUGGUCGAAGUCCUCCGGUUCUACCAGUGCGUCGGGAACUUUCAUCGUCGGCGUGUCCGGCCACGAUACCUUGGCUGAGAAUUACCUUCAUGCCGUGGUAGUCCAUGCCUCCUCGGGUUCUCGAAUCGGUUGCGGUUACCUUGGCACGUACACGACUCUGUCCAGCGAGCUCGCCGCGGCGAUGGGGCCCUACCCAGGCACUUCCAGCAGUGUGGGGGGUGUCGUGUCUGUGACCGUUUUGGAUUCUGGCCUUCUCCGGUUGGCUUAUUACGUGGAUGGACUCUCGGCCAGCGAGACUUCGGGCGGCUUGCACAUCCAUUCAGGCUCUGGCGAAAGUGUCUGCUCCGACGCGUCCCUCCCAGGGGGGCACUACUUCAAGUCCGGGUAUGGCGAUCCGUGGUUCACGACGUGGUCGAAGACAACCGCCGGCUCUACCACAGCCACGGGCUCUUUCUCGGUGGGCACGAGUGGUUACGACACCCUUGCCGACAACGAGCUGCAUGCCGUGGUCGCGCACGGUGCAGGGGGGGCCCGAGUGGGUUGCGGAUUUCUCCAGUAUUACGGAGGCCUCACGUCGGCUAUCGGCGAGUAUCCAGGCACUUCGAGCGGCGUCAGUGGGCUUUUCAAAGUCUCGGUGUACACGGGUGUGCUCGAAGUGUCUUACACAUUGGAGGGUCUCGCGGCGAGCGAGACGUCUGGCGGGCUGCACAUCCACUCCGGGUCGGGUACGAACGUGUGCUCCGACGCCACCCUCCCGGGCGGCCACUACUACGCCACAGGCGUGACCGAUCCGUGGUUCACAACUUGGUCGUCGGGGGCAGCGUUGGGAGGAAGUAGGCCAAGGGGGGGGACGCAUCGACCUCCAAUCGCCCAUGGAUUGCCGAAAGAGGCCCGCGAGCCCACCCAGCCGAAGGAUGCGCUGAUUCGCCAUCGGAGGCCGAUCGCCGACCUGUCGGCGAUGCAUCGCCGAUUCCAGCUCCGCGUUGCCGCCCUUGAGCCCGUCUCCCCCUAACGUGCCCCCUUAGGUCGAAGCCUUCUGGUUCCACCAGUGCGUCGGGAACCUUCGUCGUCGGCGCGUCUGGCUACGACACCCUGGCUGAGAAUUACCUUCAUGCCGUGGUAGUCCAUGCCUCCUCGGGCUCUCGAGUCGGUUGCGGUUACCUUGGAACGUACACAACUCUUUCCAGCGAGCUCGCCGCGGCGAUGGGGCCCUACCCAGGCUCUUCCAGCAGUGUUGGGGGUGUCGUAUCCGUGAGCGUUAUGGAUUCCGGCCUUCUCCGAUUGGCCUACUACGUGGAUGGACUCUCGGCCAGCGAGACUUCAGGCGGCUUGCACAUUCACUCCGGCUCCGGCGAGAGUGUCUGUUCCGACGCGUCUCUCCCAGGGGGGCACUAUUUCGCGUCUGGGUUUGUCGAUCCGUGGUUCACCACAUGGUCGAAGUUGGCCGGCAGCACAUUUGCCAAGGGCUCCUUCACGGUGGGCGCGAGCGGCUACGACACGCUCGCCCAGAAUGUGAACCACGCGGUGGUGCUGCACUCUGCCAGCGGUGCACGCAUCGGCUGCGGGUCCGCCGGCGCCGGCAACUCUUUGACGGCCGCCAUGGGUUCGUACCCGGGAACCUCGAGCGGGGUCUCCGGGUCCGUGAUGGUCAGUGUGAGCAUGGGCCUCCUCCAUGUGACCUACACGUUGACAGGACUCUCCUCGAGUGACACGUCGGGCGGCCUGCACAUCCACUCGGGCCACGGUGAAAGUGUAUGCUCCAGCUCGGCCCUGCCAGGGGGCCACUACUUCGCCACCGGCUUCACCGAUCCGUGGUACACCACCUGGAAGAAGACCGCUGGCACCACGUCGGCGUCGGGUUCCUUCUCCGUACUCGCGUCCGGCUACGACACCCUCGCCGACAAUUAUCUCCACGCAGUCGUGGCCCACGCUGGCUCGGGUGCACGGAUUGGGUGUGGUGUGCUUGGCGGGUCCACUGCAAGCCCGUUUGCCACGGGGGACCCGCAUCUGCAGAACAUACAUGGUGAGAGAUUUGAUCUCUUGAAGCCAGGCCACCAUCUUCUCAUCCAAAUUCCUCGCAAGAGCUUUGAGAACACUUUGCUUCGUGUAGAUGCGGAGGCACAGAGAAUGGGUGGACAGUGCACCGAUAUGUACUUUCAGGAGCUGAACAUUACAGGGGCGUGGGCGGAAGCGCAGCAGACUGGCGGAUUCCACUACCACGCGCAGGACGUUCACAGCAGCAAGCCGCGCUGGGAGCACUUCGAGAACGUGCAGCUUAAAGUCGCCCGGGGUCGCACGCAGCAGGGCAUCAAGUAUUUGAAUCUGUACGUCAAGGACCUCACGCGCACGGGUUACGCUGUCGGAGGCUUGCUGGGAGAUGAUGAUUUUACUGACGCGGCAACGCCUGAAGCGGGAUGCGUUCGGCAAAUGGCCUUAUAGACUGGGUCCUCGCGCCUGCGGUGCUCUCGUUAGCUGGUUUCCGCGAGCACGACCGUUUGUUGCAUCCGAAUCUCCUCAAAAACGCUGUCCUUGGAACCUGGUUGCCCGUUCUGUGCGCUGGGCCGCUAGUCUGCGCAAGAGAUGAUUUUGUCCCCACCAUCCUGUGGUGCUGGGCCCUCGUUUCGAAGAGAGCGCCCCGCGCUCCGUCUCCUCCUCGCCCCUCCUCCCCCCCUGCCUCCUCCCUCCCUGCCUCC